GUGUACAAGCCCCGGGGACCCCUGCGUACUCUCUCCCAGUGCGGUCUGGGCCUAUGCUACUGCAGGCACAGCAGCCUGUGUGUGAGAGCCGCAGUGUCCUAGCGGUUCGUCCUCCCCUCCUCCUUUGGCAUCUGCUCCGCAUUAGUCCGUCCCAGGCCUCCGCAGGCGCCGAUGAUUAAAUCACCAUCAUUAAUCAGGGCCUUACCCCCCGCCAACCCUGGCAGUCGGGAGAGAGUGGGGAGUAAGAUCACGAAGUCCUGGGGGGAGGGUCUUUCCCUCCUCGCCUGGCCCCCAGCACCCUGAGACUCUACGAAGCCGGGAAAACUCCUGUGGAGAAGCGGGGACAAGGCCAGCCACCCCACACAGGUCCGCAGCGCGGACGCCCCAGGCCAGCGGGUCCGCACAGCAAGGGAAGAUCGCGGAGGGGGUCUCAUCCCCGGACACCAACGCUCGGGAGCAGAAGCUGGCGGCAAUCGCCGGCCUCGGGGGUCCGAGGGCGCAGUGUUUUGCAGGACCCAAAAGUUAGUCCCAAGGUCGGGAAUGGACCGUCGGAGGACGCCACAGAGAGCGCGCGGGACAAUCCCGCGCCCCCUACCCACUCCCUAAAAACCACUGGGGAGGGGGAGGGGAAGGAGGGGCCAACCGGCUCAGGUGAGCUCACCGGGACAGAGGGGUUGUGGGCGUGGCCAGACUAAGAACAAACCAAUCAUAAGGGACCUAGGCCCUCCGUUGCUAGGAGACAAGUUCCGCCUCCGCAGGCGGCACCGGAAGUGGCAGGCCGGGAUCAGCCUUUAAGAUGGCGUCUCCUCAGGGGGGCCAGAUUGCGAUCGCGAUGAGGCUUCGGAACCAGCUCCAGUCAGUGUACAAAAUGGACCCGCUACGGAACGAGGAGGAGGUCCGUGUGAAGAUCAAAGACCUGAAUGAACACAUCGUUUGCUGCCUGUGUGCUGGCUACUUCGUGGAUGCCACCACUAUCACAGAGUGUCUUCAUACCUUCUGCAAGAGUUGUAUUGUGAAGUACCUGCAGACAAGUAAGUACUGCCCCAUGUGCAACAUCAAGAUCCAUGAGACACAGCCGCUGCUCAACCUCAAACUGGACCGGGUCAUGCAGGACAUAGUGUAUAAGCUAGUACCUGGCUUGCAAGACAGUGAAGAAAAACGGAUUCGGGAAUUCUAUCAGUCUCGAGGCUUGGACAGAGUCACCCAGCCCAGUGGGGAAGAGCCAGCUCUGAGCAACCUUGGCCUCCCCUUCAGCAGCUUUGACCACUCUAAAGCCCACUACUAUCGCUAUGAUGAGCAGCUGAGCCUGUGCCUGGAGCGGCUAAGUUCUGGCAAAGACAAGAAUAAAAAUGUGCUUCAGAACAAGUAUGUCCGAUGCUCUGUUAGAGCUGAAGUACGCCAUCUGCGGAGGGUUCUGUGUCACCGAUUGAUGCUAAAUCCACAACAUGUACAGCUCCUUUUUGACAAUGAAGUUCUCCCUGAUCACAUGACAAUGAAGCAGAUAUGGCUGUCCCGCUGGUUCGGCAAGCCAUCUCCUUUACUUUUACAAUACAGUGUGAAAGAGAAGAGGAGGUAGAGGCCAAACCUACUUCCAUCCCCUCCCUCUUCCCUCCCCAGAUAUUUAUGUGAAAUUAACUGUGGCUUUAUUUUUUGAAAUAAAAGCUUUUAAAAAGCA